AUGGCCUCAUCCUAUCCACCUCAUCCCAUCCUAUCCACCUCAUCCCAUCCCAUCCACCUCAUCCCAUCCUAUCCACCUCAUCCCAUCCUAUCCACCUCAUCCCAUCCCAUCCACCUCAUCCCAUCCCAUCCACGUCAUCCCAUCCUAUCCACCUCAUCCCAUCCCAUCCCCCUCAUCCCAUCCUAUCCACGUCAUCCCAUCCCAUCCACGUCAUCCCAUACCAUCCACCUCAUCCCAUCCCAUCCACCUCAUCCCAUCCCAUCCACGUCAUCCCAUCCCAUCCACCUCAUCCCAUACCAUCCACCUCAUCCCAUCCCAUCCACCUCAUCCCAUCCCAUCCACCUCAUCCCAUACCAUCCACCUCAUCCCAUACCAUCCACCUCAUCCCAUCCUAUCCACCUCAUCCCAUACCAUCCACCUCAUCCCAUCCCAUCCACCUCAUCCCAUCCUAUCCACCUCAUCCCAUCCCAUCCACCUCAUCCCAUCCCAUCCACCUCAUCCCAUCCUAUCCACCUCAUCCCAUCCCAUCCAAGUCAUCCCAUCCCAUCCACCUCAUCCCAUCCCAUCCACCUCAUCCCAUCCCAACCACCUCAUCCCAUCCCAUCCACGUCAUCCCAUCCCAUCCACCUCAUCCCAUACUAUCCACCUCAUCCCAUCCCAUCCACGUCAUCCCAUCCCAUCCACCUCAUCUUAUUCUAUCCACCUCAUCCCAUCCCAUCCACGUCAUCCCAUCCCAUCCACGUCAUCCCAUCCCAUCCACGUCAUCCCAUCCUAUCCACCUCAUCCCAUCCCAUCCACCGCACCCCAUCCCAUCCACGUCAUCCCAUCCCAUCCACGUCAUCCCAUCCUAUCCACGUCAUCCCAUCUCAUCCACCUCAUCCCAUCCUAUCCACCUCAUCUUAUCCUAUCCACCUCAUCCCAUCCCAUCCACGUCAUCCCAUCCCAUCCACCUCAUCCCAUCCUAUCCACGUCAUCCCAUCCUAUCCACCUCACCCCAUCCCAUCCACCUCAUCCCAUCCCAUCCACGUCAUCCCAUCCCAUCCACGUCAUCCCAUCCAAUCCACCUCAUCCCAUUCCAUCCACCUCAUCCCAUCCUAUCCACCUCAUCCCAUCCCAUCCACGUCAUCCCAUCCUAUCCACGUCAUCCCAUCCCAUCCACGUCAUCCCAUCCUAUCCACGUCAUCCCAUCUCAUCCACCUCAUCCCAUCCUAUCCACCUCAUCUUAUCCUAUCCACCUCAUCCCAUCCCAUCCACGUCAUCCCAUCCCAUCCACCUCAUCCCAUCCUAUCCACGUCAUCCCAUCCUAUCCACCUCACCCCAUCCCAUCCACCUCAUCCCAUCCCAUCCACGUCAUCCCAUCCCAUCCACGUCAUCCCAUCCAAUCCACCUCAUCCCAUUCCAUCCACCUCAUCCCAUCCUAUCCACCUCAUCCCAUCCCAUCCACGUCAUCCCAUCCUAUCCACCUCAUCCCAUCCCAUCCACGUCAUCCCAUCCUAUCCACCUCAUCCCAUCCUAUCCACCUCAUCCCAUCCCAUCCACAUCAUCCCAUCCCAUCCACCUCAUCCCAUACCAUCCACCUCAUCCCAUCCCAUCCACCUCAUCCCAUCCCAUCCACCUCAUCCCAUCCCAUCCACCUCAUCCCAUCCCAUCCACCUCAUCUUAUCCUAUCCACCUCAUCUUAUCCUAUCCACCUCAUCCCAUCCUAUCCACCUCAUCCCAUCCCAUCCAAGUCAUCCCAUCCCAUCCACGUCAUCCCAUCCCAUCCACCUCAUCCCAUCCCAUCCACCUCACCCCAUCCCAUCCACGUCAUCCCAUCCCAUCCACGUCAUCCCAUCCUAUCCACGUCAUCCCUUCUAUCCACGUCAUCCCAUCCCAUCUACGUCAUCCCAUCCCAUCCAAGUCAUCCCAUCCCAUCCACCUCAUCCCAUCCUAUCCACCUCAUCCCAUCCCAUCCACCUCAUCCCAUUCCAUCCACCUCAUCCCAUCCUACCCACGUCAUCCCAUCCUACCCACGUCAUCCCAUCCCAUCCACGUCAUCCCAUCCUAUCCACGUCAUCCCAUCCUAUCCACCUCAUCCCAUCCCAUCCACCUCAUCCCAUCCUAUCCACCUCAUCCCAUCCCAUCCACCUCAUCCCAACCCAUCCACCUCAUCCCAACCUAUCCACCUCAUCCCAUCCUAUCCACCUCAUCCCAUCCCAUCGACAUCAUCCCAUCCUAUCCACCUCAUCCGAUCCUAUCCACCUCAUCCCAUCCCAUCCACCUCAUCCCAUCCCAUCCACGUCAUCCCUUCUAUCCACGUCAUCCCAUCCUAUCCACGUCAUCCCAUCCCAUCCACGUCAUCCCAUCCUAUCCAGGUCAUCCCAUCUCAUCCACCUCAUCCCAUCCCAUCCCCGUCAUCCCAUCCUAUCCACCUCAUCCCAUCCUAUCCACCUCAUCCCAUCCCAUCCACCUCAUCCCAUCCUAUCCACCUCAUCCCACCAUAUCCACCUCAUCCCAUCCUAUCCACAUCAUCCCAUCCCAUCCACCUCAUCCCAUCCUAUCCACCUCAUCCCAUCCUAUCGACGUCAUCCCAUCCUAUCCACCUCAUCCCAUCCCAUCCACCUCAUCCCAUCCUAUCCACCUCAUCCCAUCCUAUCCACGUCAUUCCAUCCUAUCCACCUCAUCCCAUCUCAUCCACCUCAUCCCAUCCUAUCCACGUCAUCCCAUCCUAUCCACCUCAUCCCAUCCUAUCCACCUUAUCCCAUGCUAUCCACCUCAUCCCAUCCCAUCCACGUCAUCCCAUCCUAUCCACCUCAUCCCAUCCCAUCCACCUCAUCCCAUGCUAUCCACGUCAUCCCAUCCUAUCCACGUCAUCCCAUCCCAUCCACGUCAUCCCAUCCUAUCCACCUCAUCCCAUCCUAUCCACAUGAUCCCAUCCCAUCCACGUCAUCCCAUCCUAUCCACGGCAUCCCAUCCUAUCCACGUUAUCUCAUCCCAUCCACCUCAUCCCAUCCUAUCCACCUCAUCCCAUCCUAUCCACCUCAUCCCAUCCUAUCGACGUCAUCCCAUCCUAUCCACGUCAUCCCAUCCCUUCACCAUCAUACCGUCUGUGCCCCCUCUCUGCAGACCCCUCUGGUGUCGGCGGCAGCAACAGACGUGCAGCUGAUAGUGGGGGGUGCGCGGCCGUACUUCAUGCGCACCAUUCCCAACGAUGGGGCUGACAUGCACGCCAUAGCCGCACUGCUGCUGCGCUACAAGUGGAGGCAGGUCGUGGCAGUGUACACAGACAACCACUUCGGCCGCAACGGCAUCACCGCACUCGUGACCUACCUGCUCGCACACAAGGCGUCGGAUGUGCACAUUGUCCAGAGGGUGCCUGUCAAGUCCACGUGGACAGCUGAUGACGUGGCACAAGCCCUGGCUGCCAGCAAGGCAGUGGACUCCUCCGUCUACGUGCUGCACGCGUCCUCUACCAUGUCUGCUCUCAUACUCGAUACAGCGAGCAAGGUGGGCAUGAUGGGGAAGAACUACGUGUGGAUCGCAUCUGAGGGGGCUGCCCAGGCCAACACGUCCACACUGCAGAGUGGAGAGGGUCUGAUAAUUACAGCCUCGUAUCUGCGUCCGUCGCAGCGCCUGGCGGCCUUCAAGCAGCGGUGGAGGCAGGUGAGCGUGCAGCAGUUCCCAGGGGCGGCGGAGGAGGGCCCUAAGACGGUGUCCCUCACGCAGCAUGGUGAUGUGCAAGCUGAUGCAACGGAGGUGCUCAACGUGGUCAACCCCACCGCCAUCGGGGUCGGCUUUUGGACUCCGCACUCGCAGCUUACGCACUCGCUAAAGAUCGAUCUGCAGUUUGCCUACCAACAGUUUGUCAAUGUCUCAAGAGGGGAGGGCAACGGCCGCUUCUCUGGUUACUGCAUCGACCUCUUCCGAGCAGCUGCAGCCAUGCUGCCGUACGCACUCCACUAUGAGUUUGUGCUCUACGGGGAGGAUAACCUCACCGAAAUGGUGCUGGCUGUAGCAGACAAGGCGUACGACAUGGCCAUUGAGUGCCUCUAUUGGUGA